UUAUACAAUAAUUAUUUUAACUUUUUCAGUAAAGCUAAGAAUCUUACAUGAUGUUCACAUAAGAGAGACAUCAAAUUAAAAUUUAUCCUUGCGGCCCUUCUUCUCUUCUUUAUCUAUUAUUGAUUGAUCCUAAAAUUUCUUUUCAGUAAAAGUUUACCGAAAAUCUUGGAAGUUAUUAGAGGACAAAAAAAAUUUGUUAGAGAGAGACAAAACAAGACUGCAUGCAGAAGGAUUGGUUUGCAUUGGAUUAUUAAGGAAAAAAAAAUACAAGAAGAAACAAGAAAAGAAAAAAAAAAAAAAAGAAUCAAGAAGAUACAGAAAUCCCCAAAACCCAUCUUUAAUUUGGCUGAUACCAAACAAAAAAAACCUUGGGAAUUUCUGAAACUCGGUUAAAAAAUUUAGAAUCUUUGAAGAAUCUUUUUGUAAAGACAGGCUUCAUGUAUGGGUUUUUGAGGCAAGGAGCAAACAGAAAAUGCAGAGGGAGAGAAUGAGCAAGAAGAAGAUUAGUCAGGUUCAUUGCAUUCCCUCUGGUGAUCAUAUUCUCAUGACGGCUUCUUCUUCUAAACACAUCUCUCAUAUCCGAUUCUACAAAGCCUGGAAGGGUAACAACAGAUUUUGCUGUGGUGGUAGACUAAUCUUUGGUCCUGAUGUAUCAUCUCUGUUCCUAACCUCCUUCUUGAUUGGUGCCCCUGCGCUUACAUUCUGUAUAAGGAUGCUCUUGUGGAUCAAAAAUGGAGAUCCUUUCUUCAACUAUACCGUUCUAGCUUCAGGAUUUAUCCUCACCAUCUUGGAUUUUACGUUUCUAUUGUUGACAUCAGCUAGGGAUCCAGGAAUCAUCCCAAGGAAUAAAACAUCAAUGAAUCUUGAAGAUGAUUCAGAUAGUUCCUUAACACAAUCUAUGGAAUGGGUCAACAACAAAACUCCUAAUCUCAAGAUUCCAAGAACGAAAGACGUUUUCGUCAAUGGUUACACUAUCAAAGUCAAGUUCUGCGAUACUUGCUUGCUCUAUCGUCCACCUCGUGCAUCACAUUGCUCCAUCUGCAACAACUGUGUCCAACGCUUUGAUCACCAUUGUCCAUGGGUUGGACAAUGCAUUGCCAGAAGAAACUACCCGUUCUUCAUUUGCUUCAUCUCAUCUUCAACAUUGCUAUGCAUAUAUGUCUUUGUGUUCUCCUGGAUCAAUCUGAUUCGACAACCUGGGAAGCUAUGGAGAACAAUGUCUUAUGAUAUAGUGUCAGUCAUUCUUAUCGUAUAUUCAUUCGUCGCUGUCUGGUUCGUUGGUGGACUUACCAUUUUCCACUUCUAUCUCAUGUCUACAAACCAGACAACAUAUGAGAAUUUCCGGUACCGUUACGAUAAGAAAGAAAAUCCUUACAAGAGAGGGUUACUGAAGAAUGUUAAAGAAGUAUUAUUUGCCAAGAUCCCGCCUUCGCAACUAGAUCUCAGAGCGAUGGUCCCGGAAGAAGAUGACAUGACUAUAGCAUCUAACGGAUCCGAGUAUGAGUCAGAGUAUAGCUCCUCCGUGAGAUACGAUACAGAAAUGGGAGGCAAGCUCACUAAAAGGGAGAGUCCGAGGAAGCUUCCUUUGCCAACACGAAACUUAGAUGAUAUCAAGGAAAUUAGUGAUAACUACGACAGAUCUACGACAACUAGAGAUGAUGCUUCUGAGCGCGAUCCUUCGUUCUUCUCAUCUCAACUAGACUUGCCCAAGUAACUGCAAUGAACAAUCUCUCACUGUUGUAUCAUCUUUGUCUAUAUUCUUUCGAACAUUCUGAUGAAAUAUAGCAAGAAUUACAGA